GGCUGCGGCGGCAUGGAUCUCAGCGAGCUGGAGAGAGACAAUACGGGCCGCUGUCGCCUGAACUCGCCUGUACCUUCUGUGUGCCGCAAGGAGCCCUGCGUCCUGGGCGUCGAUGAAGCGGGCCGGGGCCCGGUGCUGGGCCCCAUGGUCUACGCCAUCUGCUAUUGCCCCCUGUCCCGCCUGGCAGAUCUGGAGGCCCUGAAAGUGGCAGACUCAAAGACCUUGUCGGAGAGCGAGCGGCACAGGCUUUUUGCGAAAAUGGAGGAGGACGGAGACUUUGUGGGCUGGGCACUGGACGUGCUGUCUCCAAACCUCAUCUCUACCAGCAUGCUUGGGCGGGUCAAAUACAACCUGAACUCCCUGUCUCAUGAUACAGCUACUGGGCUGAUGCAGUAUGCGUUGGACCAAGGUGUGAAAGUGGCCCAGGUGUUUGUGGACACUGUGGGGCCCCCAGAGACAUACCAGGAGCGGCUGCAGCAGUGCUUUCCUGGUGUUGAGGUGACAGUCAAGGCCAAGGCAGAUGCCCUCUAUCCCGUGGUCAGUGCCGCCAGUAUCUGUGCCAAGGUGGCCCGAGACCAGGCUGUGAAGAACUGGAAGUUUGUGGAAAAACUGCAGGACCUGGACACUGAUUAUGGCUCAGGCUACCCCAAUGAUCCCAAGACAAAAGCGUGGUUGAGGGAGCACGUGGACCCUGUGUUCGGCUUCCCCCAGUUUGUCCGGUUCAGUUGGCGCACAGCCCAGAGCAUCCUGGAGAAGGAGGCAGAAGACGUUACAUGGGAGGACUCGCAGACGGGGGAUCAGGAGGGACUUAGGAGGAUCAAGUCAUACUUCAGCCCCCGCCCCCGCCUCCCCCAUCGGUACUUCCAGGAGCGGGGCCUGGAGUCAGCCACCAUUCUCUAGCAGCCAGCCUGUACUCCCUUCACCUGCUCCCACACCCACCCCACCCCCAGUUUGUGAUUAAAAUUUUUCAAGGAAAA